AUGAUUGGAUUCCCAAGUGGAUCGCCGCAUUUGGCUGCAUUCGUUGCGCACCUCGAUAGUCUAAACAUUCCGAACGCGCAAAAUCUCUUUGCUUUCGCAUCGGCACCGAAGCCAACCGACCAACUCUGUCAUGCAUUCGACGACACUGCUCAGCAACAUGAGUUCAACAGGCUGUCGCUCGAUUGGAGUAAAUGGCGAGUGACCAACGUCAAUUCCAACUUUAAGAUUUGUAGACACUAUCCAAAGAAUUCGAUUAUUCCCAAGUCUGUUAACGAUCACAAUUUGAUUGUCUCCUCAAAGUACAGAAACACAAGAUUCCCAUUCCUCGCUUACUAUCACAAUAGUCGCCAGACCAGUUUGACACGUGCUUCUGCACCGUACUUUGCGCUGCAUACAAAUCACGCAGAGAAUUCAUGUGAGCAAGAUAUCCAGUUGCUGGAAGCGAUCAACUCUGACUCGAAACAUCCAUUGCUGAUAGUGGACACCGGGUCGAUAGCAAGCUACGUCCCACCGAAAUCUGCUGACGCUUCAGGAGGACCAUCCCAACUGGCCGAAAUGGGAGCAGAUCAUUCGUAUGGAGUGGCUCAGCCUGUUGAAUCCAAUCAUCACUGCAUCCGACAUUGUUGUCGCCGCACUGGAGAGCGGACAGAACGUGUUGAUUCAAAAUAG